GUAUCGAUGGGUAGGCUUCUCAUCAGGAGACACUUCGUUCUGUAGAAAUCUAAGUAGGUCACUGCUGGUACUUCUCCAACACUUUUGGUGUUACAAAGUUUCGAAGCUAAAUACCGCGUCACAUAACAACUUACAGGAGUUUCUAAACACACUUCUAAAAUCGGAAACACACCAGGACCGUUAUCUUCAAGGUGAAUAGAUCUGACAACUAAACCAACCCAAUUUUCUUGAGGUAUUUGACUCAGCGUAACAUGCCAACUAGGCAAAAUACCCCAGACAGGUCUGAUCUUUACUGAUCCACUAGUGUUGCUUUAUAAUGUCCGAAAACAAUGAAUUCGUGUGCGAAACGACCAAUUCACAAGACUCUCAUUAGCUUCAUAAUCUAUAGUACAUGCUAUUUAUUUAUUUAUUCCCUUCACAUUCCCAGUGGAAUAUAGGGCUUCAAGCAAGAGGCUUGAAGUUUCUGUUGCAGUGUUUAUUUUCAUAGGAUGGAGUUGCUAGCAUCAUGCCCAACCUUCCCUCUUUACCAGCAUUACUCCUGGCUAAGUGAGGUAAAGGAAUGAGUCGGUCGGGGAUCGAACCCCGGACCAUGUGCAUGGUCGGCGAGCAUGCUAACCGCUGUGCCACCGACGCACAUAGUACAUGCUAAAAGAAUGAAAAUGUAAAAGACAAAAAUCAAGCAUCAGAAUAAUAAUAGGACAGACACCCUGGAAUUACUUCUACAAUCAUUAUUGAAAAUUCAUAUUAGAAAUGAUCUAGAUGUAACUCAGGUCUUAAGCAAUACCAUAAAUCCACCACCUCACGUAGCAUCUACGACUUCUAGUUUAAUCUGCAUACAAACACCAUGUACAAGUAACUAACUUCCACUGCAUAGGACACCUGACAUGCAUAUAUAUAUAUGUGUAUAUAUACAGUUAUCUCAAGACUCGUCGGAGGUAAUCGACGUAAAACUGUUGAUGUAGCUUCUGUCCUUAUUGCUACCCGUUAAUACAGUCACAGAGAUGACAUCAAUCAGUCAAUUCGCUCGUUGACUCACUUUAUAAUUGACCACAAUGGACCUAUCGACCGGUCAUUAGGGCAUCACAAGUGCUUUUAGUAGUUACUCUCCACACAUCAAUUGAUGAACAUAAAAAGCAGUGAAAAAGCUUUCUUAAUAUAAGUAUAAAAAAGCGUUUGCCGACAUAAACGAUCAUCAGAAACAUUCAUCUUGUAUAUUGUUAAAUCUACUUUCAACAUACACUAUUAGUAGGUGUUUGUUGGCAGAUGUGAUUGAAUAGCUCAUGAAACUACAACAAACAGGAGAGAAAACUAGUGCUACUAAUAAUGAUUGAUUGCUUUCAACAUUGGACAACUUACGGAGUUCUCAUAGUAUGUGGGCAGACUGUUACGUGAGAGAGAUUGUCGUUGUUGUUAACGUAGCCAUUAGCAGAGGCGAGUGGUGCCAUAAGCACCUGAAGACACAGCUGGGAAAGUGCUUACCGCUGGAACUGAGCAUUUGUGAGAUUUGGAAGUGUUCUAUUGGGUCAUCGAGAAGGAAGGGUGGUGAAGAGAAUCGGAAUCUGCAUUACUUCACUAAGUUUGAUGUGGACGAAGGUCUUUCCAACAUUCUGAGGCAUCUAGCAAGCUAUACCGCCUAUACACUUUACAAAAGCAUCAAGAGGCUUCCUGAAAUGAAAGUUACGGGUUGCACAGAAGCAUUUAUGGUAUUCGAAGGUGACAGAAACUCCGUUGUGGACAAACGUGACUGCAGCUGCAGAUGUUUUCAAAACAGCAAUGUGCUAUUGCCAUGCCGUCAUCUAGUUCAUACUAAAUGUCAUAUAUAUACCAGUCUGG